UCCCGAGCCGACACCCGCCCUCGGCGGGGAGCUGGCAGGUGGCGCGGGCUAGGGCAAGAGGCGGUACAACGGCCUGAGGGCUGUGCCGUACCCCAGCCGACCAGCCGCAGGGAAAGGAGCGACUCGGUGCAGAGCGCCGGCGGCUGGCCGGCCCGGCCCCUUUCCGCCCCCGCGUCCGCCCCGCCCCGCCCUCUGCCGCCUCGGCCGCUUGUUGAUGUUUCACUUUGCGUUAAUUCCCGGGUCGCAAGAUGGAGGCGGCGCUGGGACGGCGAGAGCUGUUGCUGUUGUUGACGUUGGCCGCCGCGCUGCUGGGCCCGGCCGCGCCGCUGCAGCUGGGACAGGUACCGACGGGGCCGGGGCGAGGUGGGGCCAGUCCCAGCCCCCGUCCCUCUCCCUCCGAAGGGAAAUGAUUAGAGUCAACGUUCUGGUGCUGGAAACCAAUGGAGACUUGCAGAAAGGACAGGUUGUUUUUAAUGUCACCUAUGUUAAUGGCCAGGUGUAUCUAAAUGAUUUCCCUAUGAAAAGCGGGGUUGCCCACAUAACGUGUCAAACAGUCGUAUCAGUGGAGAGUGGACACUGGGAUAGCUUACCAGAUCAGCGUCUGGGAACCGUCAGCGUGCGCAUCAUGGUCCACGAGUGGCCUUUGGCAUCCAGCUCUGAUUUACAGUUGGUUGUCAUUCAGGAAGAAGUGACAGAAAUCGAUGGAAAACAGGUUCAGCAGGAAGAAGUAACAGAAAUAGACAUUUUAGUAAAGGACAAGAGAGUGCUUAGACAUUUAAACUACACCGUUCCUUUGAAAGAGAGCAUGCUGUAUUCCAUCCCAAGGGACAACGACAUCUUAUUUACACUUCCCAGCCCCUCAGGAAAAGAUAUUCAAGAUCCACUGCAGACUACCAGUCAGUACCUCAUCCGGCACACAGAAACUACAGUAGAUGAAGAGGCAUUACCUGGGAAGUUACCAGAGACCCCUCUUAGGACAGAGCCUCCAUCUUCUUACAAGGUGAUGUGCCAGUGGGUGGAAGACUUGAGAAAAGGGCUGUGUAAAUUCUGGCUUCGAUUUUUACCUAUUUUCUUUAAUUUGAUGGAAGUCACUUUAGUUGGGGUUGUUGGAGCAGCUCUUAUUCUGAAAGUCUUAAAGGUGAUUGUCCCUUCCUGUGAAAACAAAGGCAUCCUUCUGCUGGACCAAGUCAGCUUCGUACCUGUGAUUACCAUCAGCUUGCCUUCAGAUCUUCCAGAUAGGAAAAAGAAUUUAGAUGAGGAAACAAACCAAGCUGCCUAUCCCAAAUAGCAAGAUGAUGAAAUUCAGAGUGUCCUGAAGUCUCCAGCUAGCAUUCUUCAGAAAAGGAUGAAGGAGCAUCACAAGCAUCAGCUGUGCCUGCAAGCCUAAACAAGGCUGCCCAACCUGGUUUCGGGUCUCUUAAGGUUGAGUGUGCCUUGCAAGGAAAAUCCUGCUACCAAACAUUUGGGUUACUCAAGUAAUUUGACAUUUUAUAUAUGCAUAACAAAGAUGAAAAAGGCAGAUUUAUAUUUCAAGCACUUUAAACUUUAUGGCCCCUUCCACCCACAGAAGUUGUCAGCACUUGGAAAGAGUGUGCUUUUUGUACCUGUGACAGCAGUGCUAGGUGAAGUAUCACAAAAGGAGCUUUCACAGAAGUACUGGCUUACUGUUGUUGAGUAGGCCCAGGCUGCCCAUGCUGAUUUGUACUGGUGAUAUUUUCAAAUAAACAUUGAAAUUGCUUACUA